UCCUCCCUAUGUCCAGCCGUAACCUCUCAGACAUUUUCAGUCGACCUGGGUUUUCAAAGUGCUCUGGCUUCUGCUCAAUGCUGCAACACAGAUAACUGCAACUCAGCAACUCUACCAAAUCCUGCUUCACAGUCAAAUAAUGGUGGAGUAUGCAACUUUUGUGACCCUUCCACUGGUCAGUGCUCAUCCACAUUACAGUGUCAGGGAGUGGAGAACCAAUGCUUCCAAUCGACCAUCAAAAGCGGCACCAGCACGUAUCCAGGUUACGGCUGCGCAUCUGCAAACCUGUGUGCAGCUGCUUCAAUGCUGGGUUCUCUACCUUUCAUGCAGAGCGUUGGUACAGUAUCAGGUGUUGCCUGUUCUGCAGCCCCAACUACAACUGCUGCCCCAACUACAACCACCACCCAAACUACAACUACAACCACCAUCCCAACUACAACCACCACAGCCACAACUACAACUACAACCACUGGCACAACUAUAACCACCACCCCAGCUACAACUACAACCACUACCCCAGCUACAACUACAACCACAACCCCAACUACAACUCCAACCACCACCCCAGCUACAACUCCAACCACUGCCACAACUACAAGCACCACCCCAACUACAACUACCCCCACAACUACAACCACCACCCCAACUACAACUACAACCGCCGCCACAACUACAACCACCGCUACAACUUCAACCACCACCCCAACUACAACUACAACCACUGCCACAACUACAACCACCACCCCAACUACAAGUACCGCCCUAACUACAACCACCACCCCAACUAAAACUACAACCACCAACCCAACUACAACUACAACCACCGCCCCAACUACA